AUGAGUCAAAAAGCAGCAUCGUCGACGGUCCCAAUCACCGUGAUGGAGAUUGAAAAGAUCGCCAAAACAAGAUUGCCUCAGAAUGUAUACGACUACUACGCGUGCGGAGCUGAUGAGCAAAAGGCCAUGCAUAGAAACGCCUACAUGUUUGACAAACUCCUGAUCAGACCGCGUGUGAUGGUCAAUGUAAGUCACGUCGACACCAGCACCACAGUAUUCGGCAAGCGUUAUCCCUUCCCGGUGGCCUUUGCUCCCAGUGCCAUGCAAAAGCUUUGCCAUCCCAGAGGAGAACUCGAGGCCGCUGAGGCGGCAGCCAGCGUCGGCUUAUCAAUGACUCUGUCUUCGCAAUCGACAACCAGUCUCGAGGAUGUGGCAGAUGCAUGCAACAUCUCAAACCGUGAUGGACCCGACUUCUGGUUCCAACUCUACCUCACCCAGGAUCCAGAGUACAGUCGCGAAUUGAUCAAGCGUGCCGAGGCAGCUGGUUACACUGCCAUCGUACUCACCGUCGACACACCAAUCCUUGGCAAUCGCAUCAAUGAAAGAAAGACACCUCUGGUUCUUCCAGAAGGCAUGCAUCUAGGCAACUACGCCCAACCCAAACAAGGCAUCAAGGGACCGGCCAUUGAGCGCGUCUUUCUCAAUGCUCACACAGUGGAUGAAGCCAAUGAGAUUAUGAAGAAAGCAGGACCUACCAUGCACAGUUCAUGCAUGACCUGGCAAGAAACCAUUCCCUGGUUGCACAGUGUGACAAACAUGAAGAUCAUCCUCAAGGGAAUCAUGACCGAGGAGGAUGCGAAACUAGCAGUCGAGCACGGCGCAGACGCCAUCGUAGUCUCCAACCACGGCGGAAGUAUCAGACAACUUGAUCUAGUCCCAGCCACCGUCGAAGUUCUCCCCACGAUCGCCGAUGCAGUCGCCGGCCGCAUCCCCGUCAUAUUCGACGGAGGUGUCCGACGCGGCAGUGAUGUGUUCAAGGCAAUCGCACUCGGCGCCGACCUCGUGCUCAUCGGUCGCCCUGUACUGUGGGGCUUGAGUUACGACGGAAAGAAGGGAGUUGAAGCCGUAACCAACAUUCUGGAACGUGAGCUUUCGCGCACAAUGACUCUGGCCGGCGUGAGGGAUAUAAAGGAGAUCACAAAGGACAGCUUGGGUGUUGCGAAGAGAGAUGGUUUCGGUAUCUCCAAGCUUUGA